AAAGUCUUCCGUCUUUCUGAAGACCAUCGAGUUAAUCCCCUUUACAUCGUAUCGUCUCUCUUUCCAGUCAUCGAUCAUAAUGAUUGUUUUACUCUUCUUAGGUUUGGCGCUGGCAUAUCUCAUCUGGACACUGCUUUGUCUAGAAGCAAAUGCACGAAAAGCUCGUGCCAUGAAAGUACAUGUUGUCCGAAUUCCAUUUGACGUCAACAACAAUUUGUGGGUCAUUAUACAACCAUUGCUAUGGAAGCUUCUGUCCCAUCUACCAGUCCAAUGGAGAUCUUAUCCAGACUUCGUCCGAUUUUCUCACAGAAACUGGCACUUUCUGGAGAAAAGUAGCCCUACAGAACGAUUCGGUGAAGUGUGGGCGCUUGUCUCGCCUGGUGGUGUUCAUCUACAUGUCUCACAUCCAGAUGCGAUUCAAGAAAUUUUCUCCCGGUGGCGAGACUUUGUUCGUCCGAUUAAAAAGUAUCAGAUGCUAGCUAUCUAUGGACCAUCUGUUCUAACUGUUGGGCUGGAGGAUUGGCCGCGACAUCGCAAAGCUGUGGCAGCGCCGUUCAAUCAAUCCAUGAUGAAGUUCGUUUGGGAUGAAACAUCUCGUCAAACUCAAGCAAUGCUGAGUUAUUGGAUCCAAACCAAGACUGGCAUCCCAGGAAUGCCCGAAGAUUUACGAACCCUCUCACUCAAUGUACUUGCGGCAACCGCAUUUCGGGAAUCCUACGACUUCAUAGACUCUGAACAUCUGAGCUCGAGAGAAUUGAGCACAGCAAGCUAUCGAGACUCCCUUUAUAUUGUGGAUAAAUAUGUUAUAUUGCUCAUUCUGAUCCCAUACCGUUUCCUCACUGGAGCCAUAAUUCCUCGGAGUCUAGCCAGAAUUGGGCAUGCAGCUGUUUCUCUCAAGGGCUUUAUGAUGAAGACCAUCACGAAAGAGCUGGCAGCACUCACAGCCGGAGAACCUGGGUCUGGCGGUAUGCUAACAUCUCUCGUCCGGGCACUUGACCAAGAAUCCGCCAAGCAAGCAAAUUCUGAAGAUUUCGUCAAAGAGAAAAAGAGAGGGCGUCUUUCUAUCGACGAAAUUCUUGGGAAUGUUUUCACAAUCAACUUUGCAGGUCACGACGCAACUGCCAAUACACUCGCCUUCGUCAUGAUGCUCCUAGCAGCCCAUCCCGAAGUCCAGGAGUGGCUCCAUGAGGAGAUCAUCACUGUCCAUAAAGAGAAAUCUGCGGAUGAUGUCGACUUGAGCUGCGCUAUGUUUGAACAAUUGAAGCGCUGCCAAGCUGUAUUUCUCGAAACACUUCGUCUGUACUCUCCAGUCACAGGAUUGCCAAAGAUGACAUCCAAAACAGUGCAAACCCUUCGAAUCGAGGACAAGGAGCUUGCCAUUCCUCCUGGUACCGAGAUAUUUCCAUUAUUACUGGGUAUGCAUACCGAUCCGAGAUAUUGGAACGACCCCAACGUCUGGAAGCCGUCUCGUUGGAUUAUCCCGUCUGAAACAAGUCAUGAGGAAGAGCUCCUAGUUCCGCAGAAAGGAACGUAUUUCCCUUGGUCAGAGGGCCCGCAGAACUGUACUGGGAAGCUGUUUUCUCAAGUUGAGGCAGUUGCUGUCCUGGCCCGCUUGUUCCGGGAUCAUCGAAUAUUCGUGAAGCCGGAAUCGGGUGAGGAGGAAAGUCAUGCUAGAAAGCGUGCGCGAGAUUGUGUGGACGAUGUGAAUUACAAUCUGCUGCUGAAAAUGAAUCACCCUGAACGAGUCAGGUUGGAGUGCAGGCAGAUUAACUAGAUGGAGAGUAAGAAGUAC